CCUGUUAAGUGUUUCUCACUGCAGUUAGGGCUUCACUACUGCUUCGGGUUACGUUGCUCGUCGUAAAACGGGGACGCCAGCAUUUCAUCGUGUUGCUUCAACGCAAAAAUACGCAAUUGAAAUUGUAGCCAUUUAUGCUCGUUGUACGGAGAACAAAAACAAAAACAAAAAGUUUGUAGCUCGCAAAACGCGACAAUUCAAUCCAAAACUGCCUUCGUGUAAAUUUCAACAGAGCCGCUGUAGAAACGAACAAUAGCAGCUGAACAACAUUUCAGCACAUGUUUAGCACAUUUCAGAUAUUCUGGUCACUGAAAUGAGAAAAAGCGGCACAUAUACAUGUCGACGUGCUCUUUCGCCGGGAUCGAAAUAGUUGACACCUUCAUUGAUACACAUUGAAACACGCCGACGUCAUGCGGCCGCACUUGAACGCAGCUCGCCUUUAUACACAGCCACAACAGCGCAUCGUCGAGUGUGACAUGCGUGACACAAGCACGUGCCACUCGGCGCUUUUUGCAGUUUACGUCGCUCCACGAUAUUUGGGUCGGAACCGACGAGUCGUCUCGUCGGGCUGCAUGGGGGAAAUGUUCCCGCAGGACGCAAUUCAUCAUUUCAUGGAAAACAAUGUUAGGAUGGAGAAGCCGAAGAGGUAUGUUUCCAGCUCAAGACAAAAUAACAUAACAACAACAGUAAUUGAGCUGCAGCAUCCAGCAAACUACCUGACAAAGUUCUCCAUCGAAUCAAAAUUGCCUGACAUCAAACAGCAUGUCAGGAAUGUUUUUUGUACCAGCGCUACAAAGAAGCCACUGGUGUCGGCGGGGGCAUUUCUGCUCCCCGCCGGCCUCCCGGCAAAAAGGAUGUUUACAGCUGUGCCAAAGGUGUCCAAGCCGCCCCUAUGUAUCGUUGACACCAACAAGGGACACAAGGAGUUUCAUAAUAAAUUCUCAGGCCUCGUCCCUGUGUACAUAAGGAAAAAGGAUUAUGGAGAGGUACCAGCGUAUCUGCUGCGACGCAAAGGAAAGUAUCCGAAGGCUCCGGAGGAGAGCGGUAUUAUUGAGGUGACAAAUCCGGUUUUGUCACCUCCGGAGGAGCCCGAAAUAGAAAACCUUACAGACGAGGAGUGUCGCGAAAUCAUUGAGGACCUGAAGAAGAAAUUUGUAAAGCUGAAUACGGCCUACCAGCGCCUCCCAUUUGUCAUCGACACGCCGUCGUUGAAGAACCGUAAGAUGCGACUGGAGGGGGAUAUGCAACAGGUGGAGAACGACAUCCAACUCCUUGAAACCUUGGUGUCCAACAAGUAACGGAUGUGCAGAUGCACCGUGUCUGCUCCAAAACAAACUCAUCAAAAGUCAGUCAGAGGCACGCCCUGCCUGGGCCCGGGGGAUACCGACCCCCCCGCGUGGCCUCUGGGCGCAUCUCUCAUAACUGCGUGUUGUUUGAAAUGUUAGAACUUCAGUUCAAAUGUGCUGCAUGUGUCCUCACCUUGACCUUUUACCUCAAGUUUGAACAGUCCUAAUCAGAUGUCUGCCAUCUGAUAGCGAAGGGCCACUCGCAAUGACCACACGGUUGCAGUCAUGUUUAGGAUCGAUACAAACGGGUUUAUUAUAAGUGAACAUCAAAUGCUUUGUUCAGUCAAUAAAGUUUGCUUUUACUGUGCUUAUUUUUUCUUAAUUAAGCAUGGUUUGCGUUUGACCUUAGCUCCCCUUCAUUCCGAUUUAGGACCAUUGGAUGCUUCCAACCUUGUUGUAAUAGUUUGGGGAGGCCCUUUUCCGUUCCUGCAUGACUGCCUGAGUGCACAAAGUCAGGCCCAGAAAGGCUCGCGUCGAUGGAGACCCCACCGAACAUCUUUUGGGUGAUGGGUAAAGUCUUCACAGAAGGGUGGGAGCCGUUAGUGGUUCAUUUGGAAGGACUCGGGGCUUUGGAAUCGGAGGGUCACGGUUCGAGACUCACUGGGCAAAAGGACAGCAAAAAGGCAACGAGUUGUUUGAGAGGGGCUAGUCUACUUCCUGACGACUGUUGAAGUGUGCUUGAUUAAGAGACUGUCAUCUGUUGUAUGAUGCGCAACACGAACGCGAAGUCGAAGGCUUGGGGCCCCCUGGAAUUGGCUUAGCAACACCACUGAGGCAAAUCAUCUUUUCAGUUUAACCUGAAGGUUUUUACUUCAUGGAAACCAUUUUUGAAUGGUGGAAUAAGCUACUUUUAAGCUCUCAAAUAAAGAUUUCCAAUUGUCAUAACGUUUUGUACAGAUUUGUUCAUACUGCUUAUCCUCAUUGCAACCAAAACACUCACGUUUGCACCUAGAAGGACAAUUUGGAGUCUUCACUGAAGCCAACGUCCACAAUUUCGGAACGUAGCACGAGAAAGAAUGCACGGGGAGGCGUGAGCUUGGAUUUGAACCCAUGACCUCUGAAC